AUGGUGGGAAUCCCGCACGACGAUGCGCCUUCAACAGCCGGUCGAUCCAGUUCUUCCGACGUUGAUGCCGAGCGCGGACGAUUACUAUCAGGAAAUGAUGAUGAGGCUAAUGCCGCAGAGAGCUAUGAGGAUGCUGAGCGACUUGAGAGCUGGCACCUGCAGCAUAAGCGGCGAGAGACCAGACGAUGGAGUUGUCUCGUUAUGGUAAUUAGCACAAUCGCAUUGAUAACCGUUCUUGCUAUUUGGGUUCAUAACAACACUUUGACUUCUGGGUGUGAGUACGACGGAAGCUGUAACGACAUUUCCAAACUUUGGGGCCAGUACUCUUCAUUCUUUUCUGUUCCAUCAGAGAUUGACUCAUCAACACCUGAUGGUUGCGACGUCACUGUCGCCGUUGUCUUGUCUCGCCACGGAGCACGAUAUCCAACGAUCACUAAAUCUGAAGCUUACGAAGCCACCAUCGCCCGCCUUCAAAAGUCUGUCACCAAGUACAGUCGUGGCUAUGAAUGGCUCAGGGACUACAAGUACAGUCUUGGGUCCGAGGACCUGACCGAUUUUGGUCAGGAUCAGAUGAUUGAUUCUGGAAGGGCAUUCUAUGAGCGGUAUAUUGGACUCGCCGAGAACUCAGAGCCUUUCAUCCGGGCGUCGGGGUCGGAUAGAGUCGUGGUUUCAUCUCACAACUUCACGCAGGGCUUUUAUGCUUCUCGUGGAGAAUCUGGGGACAGCUACACUGACAACAUCCUGGUAAUUUCUGAAGAGUCUGGCAUCAACAAUACCAUGUCGCAUGGGUUAUGCACAUCUUUCGAAAAGGAAGACGACCUCGGCGAUAAUGACGCACAAACCGCCUGGGGAAACAAAUUUCUGCCUCCUAUCCGAGACAGACUGAACAGAGACCUGGUAAAGGCCAAGUUGUCGUUGAAGGAGACAGUCUAUUUGAUGGACCUGUGCCCUUUCAACACGGUUAACACUCCCGACGGCGCAGGACAGUCCAGGUUCUGCGACCUCUUUACAACAGAAGAUUGGCGAAGCUAUAACUACUGGCAAACACUUGGCAAGUACUACAAGUACGGUAAUGGUAACUCCAUGGGACCAACACAAGGUGUCGGAUAUGUUAAUGAACUCAUUUCCCGUCUAACACGGAAGCCCGUCAAGGAUGAGACAACCACGAACAGCACGUUGGACUCUAACCCAGAGACGUUCCCUCUUGACAGGGCUUUGUAUGCGGAUUUUAGCCACGACAACAGCAUGGUCUCGAUCUUCUCAGCCAUGGGUCUGUACAACUACACACGCAAGCUGCCGAAACACCACAUUGUACCAGCCGUCAGGGCGCAUGGCUACUCGUCAGCAUGGGUGGUCCCUUUCGCGGCGCGUAUGUACGUCGAGAAGCUCGAGUGCGGCGGUACCAAAGAACAGAAGGGUGAGGAGUAUGUGAGAGUAUUGAUCAAUGACCGGGUGAUGGAGCUUGAUACGUGCGGAGGAGAUGAGGAUGGACUAUGUACGUUGGAGGACUUUGUGGAGAGCUUGUCGUUCGCCAGGAGAGGCGGGAACUGGGAUCGAUGUGAUAUUUGA